AUGGGCAUCGGCAUGGGCAUCGGUAGAGGCGUUCCCCCGCAAUACCUGAACGGCAAGACCGUCUACGUGGGGACGGACCCAAUUUUGCCUCUCACCCUCUACAUCCAGUACUCUCACCUCGAGCAGCUGACCAUCAAACACAACUCUGCCUCGGCCAGGGAUUACACUACGCCAUUGCCGUGGGGCGCGCAGCAGUACGGCGGUGGCUACGGGGGUGGCUACCCCCCGCAGGGCGGCUACGGGGCUCCCCCUCCUCAUUAUGGCGGCUACGGCGGUCAUGGCGGCCACCACGGCGGCGCUCCAGGCUACGGUGGGCAUGGCGGCUACGGCGGCGGCGAAUACAGCGGUUAG